AUGGGGAGGAGCGAGCGCGAGGGGGAGCAGGGCGGCAGCAAGCGCAGGGACUCCGCUGGCAAAGCAAAGAAGAAGAAGGCGAAAAAGCGGCGGGCAGAGGCUCAAGAUGACGGUGCACCAGCCGCGCUAAACGCAGCAGAUGGCGGUGCCGCCGCCCGUCCGCUGCCGCCAGCAGCGCCACAGGAACGGCUCCUGGCGGCAGCCGGCAGCCACGACUCGGACUCCACCACCUCGCAGCAGGACGGUGCACCUGGUGCAACCGGCGGCGCCGACGAGGCAGCCCCAGCGACGGCGGCAGCGCCCGCUGGCCCAGCAGCAGAGGGCGGCGGCGCCCGGAAGCGGGCUGGCAAGGCGGCGCCCGUGCUGCCCUGGAUGCGGGUCCCCAUCGCCAUAGAGGCCUCUGAGGGCACCUUGCUGGAGGAGGUGCAAGGGCUGGACCCGCGGCUGCGGCGGGCGCUAGAAGGCACCGGCAUCGAGGUGCUCUUCCCGGUGCAGACGGUGGCGUGGCGGGAGACGGCCGGCGGCGCCUCGCCGGCCCACGACAUCUGCAUCUGCGCCCCUACCGGCUCCGGCAAGACGCUGUCCUAUGCGCUGCCGGUACUGCAGGCGCUGUCGGGCCGUGCCGUGCCGCGCCUGCGCGCACUGGUGGUGCUCCCCACCCGCGACCUCGCGGUGCAGGUGUUUGGCGUGCUGGCGGGGCUGUGCCCCGCGCUGGGCCUCGCCGCCUGCCUGGCGGCGGGCAAGGCCAGCCUGGCGGCCGAGGCGCAGCUGCUGGCGUCGGGCGGCGUCGACAUCCUGGUGGCCACGCCCGGCCGCCUGAUUGCGCACCUAGAGGGCACGCCAGGCUUCACCCUGCGCCACCUGCGCUUCUUGGUGAUCGACCGCCUGGGCCUGCACUGCCCCCGAUACAUCGCCAUGAGCGCGGUGGACCACCGGUACCAGCUGCCCCGCAGCCUGCAGGAGCUGAAGCUGGUGGUGCCAGCUGAGCGCAAGCCCGCCGCCCUGGCCGCGCUGCUGCAGGAGCUGCGCGGCGAGCAGACCAUCGUCUUCACCUCCUCUGUGGAGGCCACCCACCGCCUCCACCUCCUGCUGGCCGCCCUGCCCUGCCUGCCCGACCGGGCGGUGGAGUUCAGCAGCCUGGUGGCGCCCGCGGAGCGAGCCGCGCGCCUGGAGGCAUUCCGCAGCGGCAAGGCCAAGGUGCUGGUGUGCUCCGACGCGAUGACGCGCGGCAUGGAUGUGGCGGGGGUGGCGAAUGUUGUGAACUACGACGCGCCGGUGUAUGUCAAGACGUAUGUGCACCGCGCGGGGCGCACCGCGCGUGCGGGCCGCGCGGGCCGCGUGUUCACCCUGCUGCGCCACGAGGACGUGCGGCACUUCAAGGGCAUGCUCAGGAAAGCGGACAACACGUUUGUGCGGGCCCACCGGCUGGCUAAAGGGGCGCUGGAGGCGGUACGGGACGACGUGGAUGCGGCGCUGGAGGCCAUGGGCGCGGCGCUGGCGGCCGAGGCGGAAGCCGAGCGGGCGCGGGGCGGGGCAGCCGGGCCAGCGGCGGCAGUCGCACCGGCGGUAGCAAAGGAGGCGGCGACAGCGGCCACGGGGGUGGUGGCGGAGGGGCAGGCGGCGCGGGCGGCGGGCGGGCAGCAGCGGGCGUGGGGCGGCGGAAGAGGGGCGCCGAAGCGGCGCAAGGUGUCGGAGGCGCCAGAGUUCAGCCUGCUGCCGCCAGCUCCAUAA